UAUCUGAGGUGGUGAUUUUGUGUGUGUGUGUGUGUGUGUGUGUGUAUGUGUGUGUGUGGUUUUUGUUGUUUUUUUUUUAAAAGAGAAGCAUGGGGAGUUGUUAGGUGGAAAAUGGAUCCUUUAUUUCAUGUCCUGAUUUUCACCUGCCUGGCCUUCAAGAUCUCAGAAGGGUUUCUGAUUAUCCAUGUCCAGAAACGGCAAUGUCUUGUUGGAGACAAAACAGCAAUUGUGGGCAAGUGCAAUCUGACUGAUCCAAACCAGCAGUGGAGGUGGACAGAGGAUGAGAAGCUGCUCCAUGUUAGAUCUGGCCAGUGUUUGGGCAUCUCCAAGUCCUCUGCUGCAUCAUCCCGCAGCAUCUUCAUAGACUGCCCUCGGGCACCCAGCUGGAUCUUCCACAACACGGAAGGGCUCCUCCAGGUGGCAAACACCUCUCUCUUUCUCACAAAACAAGGCCAGAGGGUAAUGAUCAAGAUGGGUAGGAAAUACCCCCAUAGCUGGAAGCAAAUAGAUGUCGAUGACAAGGGAAAAACUGCCUAUGAAAAUCUGUGCCCACACAAAGAUCUGCACUGGAUUUUCUGCAUCUUGGAGAACAGAAGAAGUACCUCCUCUCCCUUUAAUGCUAUUACAGUUAGUCCUGGGAACUUCCAUAGGAGUAGCACAGAGAUCUUCAUCAGAAACAUUACAGAAAACUACAGUAAAAACACUAAUGAAAAACUCUAUCUGAACCUGAAGUUGUCUGCAGUAACAGAGAAAUCCUGGAUUCCAGCAACUACCUAUCAAUACUUCAGUACCCCAGAAGAGAAGGGCCAUGGGGAGCCUGUGAAAUGCGCCAUCAACCUGACGGAGUGGAGGGUCUCCAGCCGGUCUGUCUAUCUCAAAUGGAGCAGUUUGGGGAAUCUCUGCAACUUCACCCUGACGUGCAGCUCUGACAACGCCUCGCACACGGAGUGUCAUCCCGUCCAGAAGACUAACGAGUCCUACGAAUGCAGCUACAAUGGCUUAGAAGCAGGGACUUUGUAUCAUCUCAGGAUUUUCUCUCUCUCGGACACAGAAACGAGGAACAUCUCCUUGCAAACAGAUCCCUUACCACCAGCUAAAUUUGAAAUUAAUAAGGAAAAAACUACUUCCACAAGCUUGCAGGUCUCGUGGAGUCCAUCCUCAGGAAAGGUGGACUGGUAUGAGCUACAAUUAUCUGAUCAUAAUAAUAAAAAGAUACAGAAUGUCUCAAUACAAGGAGGUAUUUCAAGAAGAGAAGAGACCUUUUCCAAUCUCACCCCUGGGAGCAAAUACAAUGUUAUCAUCACUGCAGUUGCUGGAAAUAAAAGCACCCCAGCAAUUCACAUCAGCGGAUCUACUGUGCCAUCCCCAGUGCAAAACAUUCAGAUCAGUGUCAAGACAGACACUAUCCACGUUUCAUGGUUACCUGGCUCUGGUUAUGUGGAUCGAUACAGGCUGCUAUUAUUGGAUAAAGAAGGACCGGUUCAUGAGAUCAACCAUGAGGAACGCUUACUCUCCUACACUUUUCUUGGACUUACAGCAGGUCACCUGUAUAAUCUCACUAUCAUAGCUGAAGCUGCAGGACUAGAGAGCUACAACUUUAAACUGGUUAGGACAGCCCCAGCAGAAGUCUCAGCUUUGAUGGUGACGAAUGAUGGCAGCUUGGAUACAUUAAAAGUUACAUGGAAAAGACCUCUAGGAAACCUAGAUUUCUACAAUAUCACUCUGUCUCAUCUUGGAUCCAUUAAAGAAAUCAAAACUUUACAGCCCCAGGUCACAGAGGCUCAGUUUGACAAGUUGAUUCCAGGAAGUCUUUAUCAGGUCACUGUCAGCACAAUCAGUGGUGAAUUAUUCACUGAUAAGAUGGCAACUGGCAGGACAGUUCCUCAGAAAGUUUCAGAGCUGAAAGCUAACAGUGGUGGUUUGCUGAGGUCUCUGACAGUGAGCUGGCUGCCCCCUGCUGGAGACUGGGAGAGAUACUACAUUAUGUUGUUCAACCUCUCCACUGUGCUGCUGAACACGACAUUAAAGAAAGACAGAAGAGAAUAUGUCAUCCAGGAUAUACGACUCAUCCCAGGAAGACAAUAUGAGGUGGCAGUCAUAGUGGAGAGUGGAGGCUUACAGAACACUGCUCGCUGCAAAGGCAGAACAGCUCCACAGCCUGUUCUUCAGCUCCGGGUAAAGCAUGCCAAUGAAUCUUCACUUAGUGUCAUGUGGAUGACCCCUGUUGCAGAAUGGGACAGUUAUGUGGUUUCACUGGGAGACAGGGAUCUUACCGUCAUAAACAAGGCUCUUGUGAAAGAAGCUAAAGAAUACACUUUCAGUGGUCUGGUACCUGGACGGAAAUACACAGCUACAGUCACUAGCAUUAGUGGUGAUUUAAGCAACUGGACUUCAGUAGAGGGAAGAACAGUGCCAGCUCAGGUGACUAGCCUGCAUGUGACAAACCAGGGGGCAACCAACAGUUUGUUCACCAACUGGACAAGGGCGCUGGGAGAUGUAGAGUCGUACCAAGUGCUGCUGAUUCACGAAAAUGUUGUCAUUAAAAAUGAGAGUGUUUCCAGUGAGACCAGUAGAUACCACUUCCACUCCCUGAAAGCCGGAGGACUCUAUUCCGUGGUCGUUACCACAGUUAGUGGAGGGAUAUCGUCCAGACAGACGAUUGCAGAAGGGAGGACAGUUCCUUCCAGUGUGAGCGGAGUAACAGUGAAUAAUUCGGGACGGAGCGACUACCUCAGUGUUUCCUGGCUACCAGCGACUGGAGAUGUGGAUAGUUAUUUGGUAACACUCUCUCAUGACAGCCAGACGGUUCAGACUCUAACCAUUUCCAGAGCCCUCAGUGAAUGUUCUUUCAGCAGCCUGGUUCCCGGCAGGCUCUACAAUGUGACAAUAAUCACAAAGAGUGGGAAGUAUGAAAAUCAUUCCUUCAGCUGGGAACGAACAGUACCUUCAAGCGUGCAGGGACUUACUGUCAGCAAUUCAGCAAGAAGUGACUAUUUAAAGGUGUCCUGGUUACAUGCCACUGGAGAUUUUGACAAUUAUGAAGUGAUCAUCAAGAACAACAAUGACUUCAACCAAACAAAAAGUGUCCCCAAGGAUGAAAAUGAAUGUGUGUUCACUAAACUGGUCCCGGGGAGGCAAUACAGCGUAACUGUUAGCACACGGAGUGGAAAAUAUGAGACUAGUAAAAGGGUCAAUGGCAGAACAAUGCCGGAGUCAGUGAAGGAAUUGACUCUUAGUAACAGAAGCACUGAAGACCUGCAAGUUACCUGGUCAAAGGCUGAGGGGGAUGUUGAUCAGUAUGAGAUUCAGUUACUUUUCAAUGAUAUGAAGGUCUUUCCACCCAUUUUCCUUGGAAACACCAUUGAGGAGUAUCGGUUCACAGCUUUAACCCCAGGGCGCCUGUACAAAAUUCUUGUCUUGACAAUCAGUGGAGACACACAACGUGCCACUUUCAUAGAAGGACUGACAGCUCCAAGUGCUGUCAAAAACAUUCACGUUUCAGCCAAUGGGAUGACAAACAGCCUGAAAGUGAACUGGACUCCUGGAGGAGGAGAUGUUGAUUCCUACACAGUGACACUAUUCCAUCACAACUAUCAGCUUGAUUCCCAGACUGUCUCCAAGCCUGUCUCUGAGCAUACCUUCAGCAAGUUAGAAGCAGGGGAGCAGUACCGGGUUGUGGUACAGUCUAACAGCGGCACCCUGCACAACAGUUUAAUGGCUCUCGGACGUACAAUUCCUUCCUCUGUCCAGGGUUUAUUUGCAGAUCAUGCCUACAGCAGUCAUUCCUUAUUAGUGACCUGGCACAGUGCUCCUGGAGUGGCUGAGAGAUAUGACAUCCUGCUCUUGACUGAGCAAGGUAUCCUUCUGAGCAAUAAAUCGGAGCCAGCAACUGCUAAACAGCACAAAUUUGAAGAUUUAAUACCAGGCAAGAAGUAUAAAGUGCAAAUGUUGACAGUCAGCGGUGGGCUCUUCAGCAGCCGAGCAGAAACCGAAGGCCGAACAGUCCCAGCUGCUGUCACAAAUCUGAAGGUCACAGAAAACACCAAUGGACGCCUGUCAUUCAGCUGGACUACCUCCCAGGGAGAACUGGACUCCUAUAAUAUCUUUCUGUACAAUCCAGACAAAUCCCUCCAGGACAGAAUUUCAGGAGACCAGAACCUUCAGCAGUGUUCUUUCCAGAACUUGCGGCAAGGCAGGAUGUAUAAAAUGGUGAUUGUUACCCACAGUGGAGAGCUCACAAAUGAGUCAUCCGUAUUUGGAAGAACAGUUCCAGCCCCAGUUAUUAAUCUCAACAGCUCCAACAGAAACAUGACGGGCAGUCUGUGGUUCACCUGGGGACCAGCAUCAGGAGAUGUAGACUAUUAUGAACUGAAUCUUUAUAACCCAAAUGGCACACAGAAGGAAACAAGGCAUGGGAAAGACCUGAGAGAGUGGCAUUUCCUGGGCCUAGUUCCUGGCAGAAAGUACACCCUGGUUGUAGUGACCCACAGCGGUGACCUGACCAAUACAGCAAAGACUGAGGGAAGAACAGCACCCAGUCCUCCUAGUGCUGUAUCAUUUGCUGAUGUUGCAAACACCUCCCUGUCAAUCACCUGGCUGGGUCCCCCAGACUGGACGGAUUAUGAUGACUUUGAGUUGCAAUGGUUCCCGAGAGAUCCCCUUACAGUCUUCAACCCGUACAGCAACAGCAGAUCCAAGGGACGCAUCAUGUAUGGCCUUCGACCGGGGCGGCUCUAUAAUUUCAGUGUCAGGAGCGUCAGCGGCAACACCUGGAAGACAUACAGUCAAUCACUGUCUGGAACUGUGAGAACAAGACCAGACAGAAUACAAAACCUUCACUGCCGGCCACAAAACUCUACUGCCAUUGCAUGUUCCUGGACCCCGCCUGACUCUGACUUCGAUGGAUAUAGUAUUGAGUGCAAAAAAAUGGACACUGGAGAAGUUGAGUUUUCCAAAAGGAUCGAGAAAGAAAAAUCUUUGCAAAACAUCAUGAUGCUAGUACCCCACAAGAGAUACUUGGUGUCCAUCAAAGUGCAGUCUUCAGACAUGACUAGUGAGGUAGUUGAAGACAGCACCAUCACUAUGAUAGACCGCCCCCCUCCUCCACUUCCCCACAUCCGAGUAAACAAAAAGGAUGCACUCAUUACCAAAUCUUCCAUCAACUUUACUUUCAACUGCAGCUGGUUCAGUGACACCAAUGGAGCUGUGAAAUACUUUACUGUGGUUGUGAGAGAGGCUGAUGGCAGUGAAGAGCUGAAGCCAGAUCAGCAGCACCCGUUACCUUCCUACUUGGAAUACAAACAUAACAAUUCCGUACGUGUCUAUCAGACCAACUAUUUCGCAAGCAAAUGUGCUGAAAACCUUGACAGCAACUAUAAGAGCUUUGACAUUAAGCUUGGAGCUGAGAUGGAAAGUCUGGGAGGAAAAUGUGAUCCCAAUCAGCAGAAAUUCUGUGACGGGCCACUGAAACCCAGGACUGCCUACAGAAUCAGUAUCCGAGCUUUCACCCAGCUCUUUAGUGAAGACCUGAGGGAAUUCACUGAGCCACUCUUCUCAGAUACCUUUUUCUCUUUACCAAUCACUACUGAGUCAGAACCCAUGUUUGGAGUUAUAGAAGGCGUGAGUGCUGGUUUGUUUCUCAUUGUGAUGGUGGUGGCUGUCACUGCUUUAUUUGUCUACAGACAAAAAGUUAGUAAUGGCCAAGAGCGACCUACAGCAAGGCUGAGCAUUCGCAGGGACAGGCCGUUGUCCGUCCAUCUGAACUUGGGGCAGAGAGGGAGCCGGAGAAUUUCCAGUCCAAUAAAAGUAAAUCAGUUUGAAGCGCACUUCACCAAACUCCAAGCAGAUUCCAACUACCUCCUGUCCAAGGAAUAUGAGGACUUAAAAGAUGUGGGUCGAAGCCAAUCAUGUGACAUAGCGCUUUUGCCAGAGAACAGAGGGAAAAAUCGAUACAAUAAUAUAUUGCCGUAUGAUACAUCGAGAGUGAAGCUUUCCAACGUAGAUGAUGAUCCUUGCUCAGAUUAUAUUAAUGCAAGCUACAUACCAGGCAAUAAUUUUCGCAGAGAAUACAUUGCGACUCAGGGCCCUUUGCCUGGCACCAAAGAUGAUUUCUGGAAGAUGGCAUGGGAACAGAAUGUUCACAAUAUUGUCAUGGUAACCCAGUGUGUCGAGAAGGGCCGAGUGAAGUGCGAUCAUUACUGGCCCCUGGACCAGGAUUCCUUGUAUUACGGAGACCUGAUAGUUGAGAUGCUGUCUGAGUCAGUGCUUCCGGAAUGGACAAUAAGGGAGUUUAAAAUUUGUAGUGAAGAGCAGCUUGACUCAAAGAGGCUCAUUCGUCACUUUCAUUACACAGUAUGGCCAGACCAUGGAGUUCCAGAGACCACCCAGUCCCUGAUCCAGUUUGUAAGAACUGUAAGGGAUUAUAUCAACAGGACUCCAGAUACCGGACCAACCAUUCUGCAUUGCAGUGCUGGUGUUGGUAGGACAGGCACAUUCAUUGCACUGGAUCGAAUCCUUCAGCAACUAGACUCUAAGGACUCAGUGGAUAUUUAUGGAGCAGUGCAUGAUCUAAGACUUCACAGGGUUCACAUGGUUCAGACAGAGUGUCAGUAUGUCUAUUUACAUCAGUGUGUGAGAGACGUGUUAAGAGCAAGAAAGCUACGCAGUGAACAAGAAAAUCCCUUGUUUCCAAUAUAUGAAAAUGUGAAUCCAGAGUAUCACAGAGAUGCUGUUUAUUCAAGACACUAAGAAUGUAACAGACACCUGCUUUUGUGAUCAUAUCUGUUAACUUUGUGUGAGUGAGUGAGUGUGUGUGUGUGUGUGUUUCAUGCACUAGAGCAGUGCCAGACAUUUCUAUUGAUGCUGUGUAUAAUUUAUUGGUCUGGUGACUUUUUUAAAGAUAUAUAAUUUAAGUGUAAUAGAUAUUAUUGUAUAUAAUUGUAUUUUGGUGUUAUGUAAAGAUGUAUUUUUUCUAUAAUGUUUAUAUUAAUAUUAAGCUUCAGAUAAUACUAUUUUUCCAUACUAAAGUUUUUAGGAACUUUUUUACAUAAACUAUUUUAAACUGUGUGUCAGAAAGAACUGCUGAGUUUGGAGUAGGUUAUGUAUUGGCACUUAAUAUACAAGAAAAAUCUAUUAAGGAUAGCCAGCCUUUUUAGCUGACUCAGUGUUCACAAGAUGAAAUAAAAUACAUGUCAGGUAAAGGAAUUCUAAACUUUAAAUUGAUUGCUGAUUGCUUGUGGAUUUCAUCCAUUCUGAUCAAAUCACAAUGCCAGGGUGCUGCAAUGUACCAUUUACCAAAACCUCAUUACCAUCCAAAUAAAAAACCGUCCACUUCACUAUGAGCAACUGUUUCACUGUAAUCUGAAUGUUAGUGGAAAAAUAUUAACAUAUGUUGCCUUGAAGUUUAAUAGAACUCUUCUUUUACUCUGAUGGGAGGUCUGAUUUUGAUUUGACCUGCAUGACUACGUAAAUGAAUGCAGUGAAAGAUAAUAAAUAAACUACACAUGCAUUCACCCUGACUGACAUGCAGAGACUUACUUCCAUGAGGAUGCAAAACCUGGCAAUUUUUAUCACUCUUUAAAACAAAAGUCAUUAUUAAGAGAGUUUAAAGAGUAGGCAGGGCUGGAUAACAUCAGUAUAGACCCCCCACAGGAAUAUACAGAUUUACAGAUGCCAAAGAUGGAAACAGUUUGCACAGUAAUAGUGGCAUUUAAGCUGCCAUUGCUCUUUAUUGGAGAUCACUUUUCCCUUGAAGAUACUGUAAUCUGAGCACUCCUAGCAAUAGCAUUUGUUUCUUUGUGUUUAAAAAAAACACUCUGAUUUAACAGGAACGGGACAAUUCACUAUUAAAAUAUAAUGAAUACUUUGUUUAAAGGAGAAAGGAAAGGCUUGGUAGUUCGGCCUGCCUUCCGAUCUCCUCCCACACAGGUUAUCUGGCCUGCCACAAGACAAAAACUUCGAAUAUUUUUGUUGAGAGGAAGGGGCAGAGUUGUUUGGAGGAGAAGUUGUUCAAAUGAGCCUCUGAUGCUGUAAAUUCCCUGUUCUUUAGCAUGUCAGUACCCCCACUCCAGGCUGUGUGGCCCAUAAACUUUAAUACUGUCCCAACCAGCACUUCAGGACAGCCCCAGCUGCGGGGAGAAAACAGCUCCUGUUCCACAGAAUUAAAAUAAAAUCAUGAAUUAGGAUUGAGAAGAAGGAACCUUGCCCCAGGUUCCAAGAAGAGAGGACAUAAGCCUUUUUUGCACCGCUGCAUGCUGAGGCUAGUCCCUCCCUGCUGCGGAAACACCCAUGAAAGUGACAAUGGAAGAGCAGAGGAAAACACCAAGGCUGCCCUUGCAGAAUUUUCCUCAAAUUUUCCACUCAGUGGGGUUGGUGGGUUUGGCCAACACAGAACAACCAGGGAUUUCUACUCACAAACACUGUAGGUCACCCAAAGUCCCCUAGAUAGACCAUCCCUACAGUCCCUGUGUCUCUCCACUCGCUCUGGAGUCCCCCAGACACCCUUCCUGCAGCUGCUCCAGAGACCUCCCUUCAUACGAGGUUUCACAGCUGCUCGAAAGCUUUAGGCUGCUUUAACUGUUUGGAUAAUUUUGUGUGACAAUGACCUUGAUUCCCUGGCCUGUGGGCCCCCCCCUGCCCACACACACACACUGCAGUGACUGAGGCAUGAGGUUAGUUCCCAUCAGUACAACUGCACAUUGAAGGAAUGUCAAAUGUACCAUAUAAAUUAUUCCUCCCUAGGUAGUACCAUGACAUUUUUUUCUGCUAAGGAAAUGAAACCUGUUCAAUAACGUGCGCUUGGAGGGCACGCGUCCAUGACUGUAAAUGGUGUAUAGCUGUAGUUCAUCAUUUUCAAAAGCCUACAAAGCAUAUUCCGCUUUUUAUUUUAAAAGUUGUUUUCCUGUCUCUAUGGCUUUAAAGUGCACAAAUCAGCAGCCAAAACAUGAUGCCCUAGCCAAAGUCUGUUUUCAUCAUUUCUUUACUCUAACAGUGCCUGUAGGUCAUGAACUUUUUCCUCCCUGUCAUUUACUAAAAUGAUGAGCAGCCCUAAACACUCGGGUACCGUGUUCUUGAACAGCUUCACGUUUCUCCCUAGAUAUGUGACAGUGCACACACACACACACACACACAGUAUGACUGGUUCUGCGUGCUAGCUAAUCAGCUGACAUAUUCAUAUGGAGCCAGUAUAAUUAUACUGAGAACAAAUAAAUGUCAGAAGCUCUGUGAUAUUUUUGGUGCAAGCCACCAGUUAGUAUAAUUAAUUAUAUUUAUUGUGCCUUGACAUAGAAUGCCAGAACCAAGAGGGAACUCUUAGAGCAAACAGGCUGGACUAUAUUGAAGAACGAUAGCUGUUAAGGAACAUAAUCCUCAACUGAAGAUUUUUAUAUACUGUAAAGUUAAGAAUCCCCUUCCUGAUGUUUUCCAAUUGUAAGGUUAAAAAGCAACACUCAGUGUUGUUUUCCCUUGUGCUAGGAUUUGCACACUUGGGGCUCAAUCUUAUAAAAACACCCCCCCCCUUUCCUCAUGUGAGGAAAUUAAUAGCAAUGGGACUAUUUACAUGAGCAAUGACACUUACGUACAGCAUCAUUUGCAGGCCUGGGCCCUUAGUUAAUAUUUUUUUUUGAUUGAAAAGUAUUUAAUAAAAAGUGUGAUGAAUUGUUUUAGUCUGUGCAAUACCAAUGCAAGGCCUACUACCUAUUUUAGCAAAAACUUUCACAUAACAUAGCUAGAGAUUUAGAGAAGAGGUGGGUUUUUUUUUUUAUUACAACUAGGUCAUUGAAAUAAAUGAUUGCAAUAGACACACUGUGAAGAUGUCAUGAAAGUGCAACUUUAUAAAUUGUAUCUGCUGCUAUAGUUAUUUAUAUGGCUUAAAUGUGCUUGAUAAAUGCCUGCCAAAAAAAGUACUCCUUAUGUAGCGGCUUAAAGAAUUUCGCUUCAGCUGGAGUGCCCAUAAAGACCUAAGAGCAGCUUUGUGUUCAGCUUACACAGUAUGCCAUGGCAUUGAUGCUGUGCCUUGGAAAGCAAAGCGCUGGAACAACAGACAGCAAAGUGAGACCAAGUACAAUGCAAAGUUACUAUUCCUAAACUGGGUGGUAAUGGCCUGAGCGUUAUCACCUGGGAGGGUGAUCUGCAGUGACUGGGCCAAGAGCCAUAGAUUGUAGCUACUCAUGUGUAAUACUGAGGUAUGGCCUACAGCAACUGCAUGUCCUUGUACACAAUGCACAAGCCAUAACUAGCAUGGCUCGCAAUUGCAUAUAAUUAGUUGCCUGUCUGUCAAUGCUUCAAGGACAUUCAAUUGUGUGAAUAGGCUGAAGCAUAAGAUGAGUCAUUUUGUUGAUGACUCAGCCUCUACCUUCUGAGUGUUGCAUUCUGGGCCCCAUUGUCCCUGGAGGGUGCAUCUCUGAAUUAAAGAUGAAUUUCCACUAGCAGGCUUCCUGUGGCCUGUUGUCCUGUGACCAUCCCCUUUCUCCCUGGUGUAGUGACACUCCUGUGCCCGAAGUAAAGCAGCUUAUGACUCGUGACCUAGCAGAUCAAUGAAUUAGAUAAGAUUGGUCUUGUUGAACGACUGUAGCAGAAAAUACAUAUGACUAUGGACUAGUGUGAAACUGUGGUAUACAGUAUCAGUAAUGGUAGGUGAGUAAUUUGCAGGUUGGCUUUUUUUUUUUUUUUUUUGGUUUAAUUUGAAAGCUAAAACCAUACAGUAAGUCAAGUCAAGGAGCUGACUAUAUAGUGUUCUCAAAUAGCACACUACUUUACAUUGCUAAACAAUUUUUUUAAAGCUAGCUAGUCAUAAAUUCUGUGCGUGGGUAAAGUUUCAGAAAAAAAUGGCUGCAGAAAAAUAUUCCAUUUUCAUAUGCUAUGUAAUUAUUCAUAUUUGUGUUCCUAACAAACAAUAGGUGAGCACAGAAUACACUACUAUUGUUUAUUUAAUUUAUGUAUUUGUUACAUAUACUUUUAUAGUUUUUACUCCAGUCUACAAAGCAAAUAUAUUUGAGUGUAUUUUACACAGCGUUCAUGAAUAAAACAGUUCAUUUAAACUCA